CGCAGUGCAGUCUGGGAACUGUCACCCGUGUCGCUCAGUCUGCUGCAUGGAAACCGCGAUGGAACCCACCAUGGAACCCACCACGGCUGCCCUGUGUUCAUGAGCAGACCGCGGGGCCGUAGAGAGACACGGGAGGACAUGUAGGAGAAGAGCUGCGGUCUGUUUCCUAGCGCUGUUUACCUGGACCUGGGGGAGAGAGGUGUGAGGGGACCAGCCGGGCCCGGACACCGCUACAGCUAGCACACACUCGGGACCGACCAUUCACUGAGACCCGACACCUGCGGGGGAGCACCUGGUGUGAUGUACGUAUGCGUGGCCAGUGUUGCACGUUAAAGUAAGAACCAGCUGGGAGAAUGAAUGCAGAGGAAGUGGAGCUGCUCGGUGACUCAAAAUACAGGAACUAUGUUGCAGCAGUGGACAAAGCCCUCAAGAACUUUGAGUACUCCAGUGAGUGGGCAGACCUCAUCUCUGCACUGGGGAAGCUCAACAAGGUUUUGCAGAACAAUGCAAAGUAUCAGGUUGUUCCCAAGAAGCUGACGGUAGGCAAACGGCUGGCCCAGUGCCUCCACCCGGCCCUGCCCAGCGGGGUCCACCGCAAGGCCUUGGAGACCUAUGAGAUCAUCUUCAAGAUCAUUGGACCCAAGAGGCUCGCCAAAGACCUCUUUCUGUACAGCUCGGGGCUCUUCCCUUUACUCUCCAAUGCUGCCAUGUCGGUGAAGCCUGUGCUGCUGGGGCUCUACGAGACCUACUAUCUGCCGCUGGGAAAGACUCUGAAACCGGGCCUGCAGGGCCUACUGACUGGGGUUCUGCCUGGUCUGGAAGAGGGUUCAGAGUACUACGAUAGAACCAACACCCUGCUGGAGAAGGUGGCAGCAGCUGUGGAGCAGUCGGCCUUCUACAGUGCCUUGUGGGGAAGCAUCCUGACCAGCCCGGCCGUCCGACUCCCCGGGGUGACCUUCGUCCUGCUGCACCUCAACCGGAAGCUCUCCAUGGAGGACCAGCUCUACGUCAUCGGCAAUGACAUCGAGCUCAUGGUGGAGGCGGUGAGUACCUCUGUCCAGGACUCCAGUGUGUUGGUGCAGAGGAGCACGCUGGACCUGAUCCUCUUCUGCUUCCCCUUUCACAUGAGCCAGGCUACUCGCCCCGACAUGAUCCGGAUCCUGUCAGCAGCUUUGCAUGUGGUUUUGAGAAGAGACAUGUCCCUGAACCGCAGACUCUACGCCUGGCUGUUGGGCUUUGACAAUAACGGGGUGAAAAUAGGCCCCCGCAGCACUCGACAGAGCAACCCGGAGGACCACGCUAACCAAUACUUCAGCACCUUCUCCAAGGACAUGCUUGUCCAGGCAAUGGUAGGGAUCCUGCAGGGCAAGGCCCGAGGAGGAGAAGAGGAGAGCAUUCUCAUGCACGACCUCAAGCCCUUUCGGAUCCUGAUAAGUCUACUGGACAAACCGGAGCUCGGCCCAGUCAUCCUAGAGGACGUUCUCAUCGAGGUUUUUCGGACUCUUUACACACAGUGUCGAACAGAAUUAGACCUCCAGAACCAGAGUCCAUUCAGUAAAGAUCACACACACCUGAGCAGUAAACUGCGGGAGAACAAGAAGACGGCAGAGCUGAUUAAAACUGCUAAUCUGCUCUUCAACUCGUUCGAGCCGUACUAUAUGUGGGACUACAUUGCUCGCUGGUUUGAGGAUUGCUGCAGGAGGACGGUGAACUCCAGCGCACAUGUAGCACGGCAUGCUGGGAGUUUGGACCCUCCUGAGCUCUUGCUGGUGGAGUUUUGUCAGCUGGUGGAUUUUCUGCUGGAUAUCGUUUCCUUGCCUACUAGAAGCAUGAGGGUAAUCUGCCAGGAGACGUACAUAGAGAUCCAGACGGAGCAUCUCCCUCAGCUGCUGCUGCGGAUGGUGGCGGCUCUCACCUGCAACCUGCAGGCCCUGCACCUCGGGGAGCUCACGCACUGCCUUCGUCUCUGCUCCAAGAUCCUCAGCAAAGUGCAGCCUCCACUCGUGUCCCCUCUGGCCUUACCGCCGGGCCCCCAGGCUCAGGGUCUCGCAGACGACAAACAGACUUUCCCCUCUGCUCCGGAGACCCCUGGUUGUGGGGAGGUGUUUUAUGACGUGAACAAUGCUCCCGCCAGUCGAUCCUCUGAAAGUGGCUUCACAGACUUCGUCCAGUACGAGGCCGACGGCCCCGAGGAGACGGAGCAGACCCGUCACUCCCACCACAUGCUCAGAACAGGAAGUCGCUCCUCCGGCCUGUGUCAGACCAAGCCCCUGGAUAAACCGGUCAUGCAGUGCUGCCUGGAACACUUCCGACAGUUCCUCUCGCGCCUCAUCACCCUGUACAUCAUCCCCGGCCCGGCGGAGAAGGCCGAGCCCCACCGAGGGGAGCUCGUGCACUCGGGGCCUCUGGUUGCUGAGAGCUCCCAGCACGGCGAUCAGAAACCGUCCGUCUCAGGGUUCGGCACCAUCCAGAAAGAGUGUGUUGCUGCAUUCACGGCCGCCUGUCAGCUCUUCUUGGAGUGCUCCAGUUUCCCGGUUUACAUCGCAGAAGGAAACGUCAAGUCCUCGCCCACACGGGAGGAGCAGUUUGAUAAUGAGCAGAUCCGGCUGCCGGAGUGGCUGCAGACGUUGAUGGACGCCUGCUGUCUGGCCAGUGAUUUCUGCCUCCAGGGCGUAGCCAUCUCCCUGCUCAUGGACCUGGUAGGACUGACUCAGUCGGUGGCCAUGGUGGCCGCUGAGAGCGUGGCAUCAAGUGGCCCUGCUGAGCCCAGCCAGACCAUGAGCCCCAGCCAGGGUCGAGUGGCCGUCGUCAUCAGGCCACCGCUCACUCAGGGAAUCUUAAAGUACAUGGCAGAAAAGACAGAGUUCUUCAAGAGUGUGGCUGUGAUCUUGUGGGACCAGCUGAGUGAAGGAACCCCUCAGCAUCAUCAGCGCAGCGUGGAGCUCUUCUACCAGCUCCACAACCUGGUUCCCUCAUCCAGUAUCUGUGAAGAUGUCAUCAGCCAGCAGCUCAUGCACCGGGACAAGAGGAUUCGUUUAGAGGCCCACGUGAAGUUCUGUGUGCUGUGGCAUUUGACUCGAGAUUUGAACAUCACCAAGUCUUCUCCUUUCAGUCGCACCUUCGACAGGUCUCUCUUCAUCAUGCUGGAUAGCUUCAGCUACUGGGAUCCGUGCACCAGUGCGGUUGGUCGGGCCUGGCUCAAUCAGGUCCUGCAGAGACACGACAUUGCGCGUGUCCUUGAGCCACUCCUGCUCCUCCUGCUCCAUCCAAAGACUCACAGAGUUUCUAUCCAGAGGGUACAAGCCCAGCGUCACUGGGAUCAGGUGUUCCCUGACCCGCCUGAGCCAGAGCCACCAGGACACAUCUACACCCGAGACUCUGGCUUCUCUGACAAUUUUAACCAAAUCCACAAUGACAGGAUUAGACGGGAAGAACUUCGCAGCCUGGCGAUAAAUGACAUGGAGCCAUUCUGCCUGACCGUCAACCCCUUGAGUGACAGCAUGUCCAUUCUGAGCCUCAGCAGUGAAAAUUUGCAGUUAACCGGUGAAUAUCAGCCGGCUGACCAGCAGGGGGAGCCGCAGAGCUCCGAGUCCAGUGGUUCUCAUUCAUCUACGGUGGAAAAUGGCAGCUUUGAGGAGCCAGACGGGGUCAGCAACCCCGUAAACGGCUUAGACCAGCAGCCCGGAGGCUCAGACUGCGUGUCUGAAGACUCCGUCGAGGAUGCCGUGUCCUCUGUUUUGAAAGAUCUCAUCGAUAAAGUUUUGGAUUUAGUAGACGAUGACUCUCAUGGUGUCCCAACUCCACCUGAAAACUGGCCCCACACGGAUACAGACAGCACCUCCUCCGAUACCUCCACUGGUCUGCGUUUGGACUCCUGCCCUCCUCACAACUCCAGCCAAACCCUGCCUGAGAUGUUAGCAGGAGGCACGUUGGAGUUCCUCUCCGGCACGUCAGCUUAUGCAUCGGUCGAGGAGCAGCACAAAGAGGGCAUCACACGCCACAGCUCGUCCCCCUCCAUCGUCACGCUGCCGGACGGCUCCGCUCCAGCCACCCCGGAGCACAACCUGCAGGUGGACGACCCCCAGGCCCGCAAGCGCAGCCACAGCAGCACCCAGCUCAGCCUUAAGGGGAAGAUCAUGGAGAGGCUGGCGGACAAAUCUCCAGGGGCCAAGCCAAAGAUCAAAAAGAGCAAGCGGAAACUGGAGGAGAAGCAGAGGAAAGCAGCCAAUCAAGCUGACAAACUGUGUCCGCCCAGUAUUUUCUUCGGGGACAGUCUGGAUCUGGAGAACUGGUACAGCUGCGGGGAGGGUGAAGUAUCGGAGAUUGAGAGUGACACGGGUUCGCCCAGCGGGGGCUCUGCAGACACGGUCGGUGGCGUCAGCGUGACGGGAUGCAGGUUAUCCGGAGCCCCCCCCCGUUUUAACAUCCACCCUCUCUACCAGCACGUGCUGCUCUACCUCCAGCUGUACGACUCCUCCAGGACCCUGCACGCCCUCUCCGCCAUCGCAGCCAUGCUGAGAGCUGCUCCCUCAGGCUUCGUGAGCGCUAUCUCCACCACCAGCAUCAACAACACCUACACUCCGCAGCUCUCCCUGCUCCAGAACCUGCUGGCCCGGCACCGCGUCUCCGUCAUGGGCAAGGACUUCUACUGCCCCAUCCCCCAGGACUCCCACUCCCACUCCUUCCGCAGCGCCAUGUACCUGGAGAUAAUCAUCUCGCUGUGUCUCUACUUCCUACGAAGCUAUUACUCCGCCCACGUGACGGCGGGCCCUCAGGACUUGGCGGGAAACCGGGCCAUGCAGCUGACCAGCGUGGAGGUCUUAACGCUGCUCUUCAGCGAGCUUGUGAAAGUCACCGGCGGCUCAGCGAAGGGCUUCGCCAGCUUCAUCAGCGACGUUCUCUCAAAGUGCAAGGUUCAGAAAGUGGUUCUGCACUGCCUCCUGUCUUCCAUAUUCGGUGCCCAGAAGUGGCACGAGCAGCGGGCGGCCGGGGUGAACAUGGCCACGGUGGAGGAGGGUCUCUCUGAAGACAGCGUCAUCAACCUGUCGGAGGACCAGAUCGACAGCUGCAGCGCCGUCCAGUCCCAGCUGCUGCGGCUGCUGCAGAGCCUGGUGGUGCUGGAGCACCGGGUCCUGGUGCCGGUGGAGGAGGGGGGGGAGGGCGUGCCUGUGGCGGCUGGGCCGGGGGGUGGAGGGACGGGAGGCGGUGCAGGGGCUGGGUUUGAGAUCAUAGGCGGGGAGGUGGAGCACGUCAACCCUCAGCAGCCAAUGUCUUCGCUGCAGUACCUGCAUGGACAGCCCAUCACGGCGCAGGGCAUGUUCCUGUGUGCCGUGAUCCGGGCCCUGCACCAGCACCACGCCUGUAAGAUGCAUCCUCAGUGGAUAGGACUCAUCACAGCCACCCUGCCCUACAUGGGGAGAGUGCUGAGGCGGGUGGUGGCCUCGGUGACCCUGCAGCUGUGCAGAAACCUGGAUAACCUUCUCCUGCAGUACCGCUACGAGACGGGGGUGACUGACACCAGUCCGCCGUGGGUCGCUCUCAGCAUCCCUCCUGACCUGGUUCUGACUGUUCUGGAGGGGGUGACGUCCAUCAUUCAUUACUGUCUGCUGGAUCCCAGCUCUCAGUACCACCAGUUACAAGUGAGCGUUGACCAGAAGCACCUGGCCGAGGCUCGCUCAGGCAUCCUGUCCAUCCUCCACACCAUCAUGUCUUCCGUCACGCUGCUGUGGAGCGUCCUGCACCACGCUGACAGCUCAGACAAGCCGGCUGCCGCCUCAGCUUCCUCCACUUCAAAUAUCAACCUGGGCUCCACCAAGAACCUCCGUCAGCAGAUCCUCGAGCUGUUGGGGCCGAUCUCCAUGAACCACGGUGCUCACUUCAUGGCAGCCAUAGCGUAUGUCUGGAAUGAGAGGAGGCAGGUCAAGACCCCGGUCAGAAAUAAGGUGAUCCCCGCUGCCAGCGAGGAGCAGCUGCUGCUGGUGGAGCUGGUUCGCUCAGUGAGCGCCAUGCGCACGGAAACCGUCAUGCAGACGGUGAAGGAGGUCUUGAAGCAGCCGCCUGCCAUUUCAAAAGACAAGAAGCAUCUCUCCCUGGAGGUCUGCAUGCUGCAGUUCUUCUACGCCUACGUCCAGAGGGUACCGGUCUCCAGUCUGGUUGACAGCUGGCCGUCUCUGCUGGCGUUGCUGAAGGACUCAGUGCAGUUAGGCCUGCCUGCUCCUGGACAGUUUCUUAUCCUUGGAGUUCUGAACGAGUUCAUCCUGAAGAACCCCAACCUGGAGAGUAAGAAAGACCAGCGAGAGCUGCAGGAUGUUACUCACAAGGUGGUGGAGGCCAUCGGGACGAUAGCAGGCUCCUCCCUGGAGCAAACCACGUGGCUGAGGAGAAACCUGGAGGUGAAGGCGUCUCCCCAGAUCGUCGUGGAUGGAACCAACCUGGAAGCCGACGUAGAAGAUUUAAUGCUCACAGUGAUGGAGGCCUCCAGCUUCACCCCAUCAGUGUACAGCGUCCACGCUCUCACUCUGUUAGCCGAGGUGCUGGCUCACCUACUGGACAUGGUGUUCUACAGCGAUGAGAAGGAGAAGGUCAUCCCGCUACUGGUGAACAUCAUGCACUACGUCGUGCCCUAUCUCCGCAACCACAGUGCACACAACGCCCCCAGCUACCGGGCCUGCAUCCAGCUGUUGAGCAGUCUCAGCGGGUACCAGUACACGCGCCGCGCCUGGAAGAAGGAGGCCUUUGACCUCUUCAUGGACCACACCUUCUUCCAAAUGGAUGCCUCCUGCGUCAGCCACUGGAGAGCCAUCAUUGACCACUUGAUGACUCAUGACAAGACCACGUUCAGAGACCUCAUGACUCGGGUGGCUGUAGCCCAGAGCAGCUCUCUGAGCCUGUUCACCAACAGAGAUGCGGAGCUGGAGCAGAGAGCCAUGCUGCUCAAACGCCUGGCCUUUACCAUCUACAGCAGUGAAGUGGACCAGUACCAGAAGUACCUGCCAGACAUACAAGAGCGUCUGGUGGAGAGCCUGCGUCUGCCUCAGGUGCCCAUCCUUCACGCUCAGGUUUUCCUGUUCUUCAGAGUGCUGCUGCUGCGCAUGUCACCCCAACACCUCACCUCACUGUGGCCCACCAUGAUCACCGAGCUGGUCCAGGUGUUUCUCCUCAUGGAGCAGGAGCUGACAGCAGAUGAAGACAUUUCAAGGACAUCAGGGCCAUCUGUAGCCGGGCUGGAGACCACCUACUCAGGAGGGAACGGCUUCUCCACCUCCUACAACAGCCAACGCUGGCUCAACCUCUACCUCUCCGCCUGCAAGUUCCUGGAUCUGGCCUUGGCUCUUCCUCCCGAGUCCCUUCCUCAGUUCCAGAUGUACCGCUGGGCUUUCGUCCCCGAGGCCUCGGAUGAUUCUGGGUUGGAGGUGAGACGUCAGGGGACUCACCAGAGGGAGUUUAAGCCCUACGUGGUCCGUCUGGUCAAACUUCUGAGAAAACGAGCCAAGAAAAAUCCAGAGGAGGACUGCUCCACCAGAACCUUGUCCUGGGAGCCCGGCCACCUGAUGCUCACCCUCUACGUCAUCCGCAGCAUGGAGCAGCUGCUGCCGUUCUUCAACCUGCUCAGCCAGGUGUUCAACACGAAGACCAGCAGCCGCUCGGGUCUGGCCUACAGCCACAACCCCGCAGACGCCUCCUUCCCCGGACACAAGGAGGGCCACAAGCUGGAGAGCCAGAAGGUCUUCUGGAGUCGGGCGCGACAAAACAUCGAGGAGAUGGUGGAAAAGGACUUUCUGGAGGGCCUCAUCAAGACGUGAGAACGCUGCAAGAGGAAGGCCGGGGAGUGAAGACGUAACAGAUCACUAGUGACAAAUCCUCAAGCUGUACAUAGAAGAACAAUAAUGCGGGAUAUCGGUGUGGAAAUAGUUUGUAUAUUGUUUUGUAUAUUUCUCUUUUCAAAGCUACUGUAUUUGAUUUUAAAUAUUUGUAUAUACGGAGCAGCUUUCAUGACUUUUAACAUUUUCUUUGAGUCCUGUGCCAUUCCAUAUUAAUGUGACUUAAUAAAAAGUGAUUUC